AUGGAAAAGAAAGGCAAAAUUGAGUAUGAAGAAGAGGAAAAGGAACAGCUAAAAGAUGUAGAGAUGCUCCCUCAAGAAAACAUACAAGAAGUCGAGAUCCAACAUUCAGAUACUGAAGGAUACAUCCUAGCUGAAGAUAUUGAGAAAGUCCUUGUAAAAGAAACCGAAGAAGACGACUGUAUCGAACACGAGAAGGCUAAAGGGUUCGUAGGGGGUGACAAAUCCGCUAUGAACAAGAAAGACAGGGAAGAAAAUCAAAUGCUUGAGAGAGAUUUCCUUAAGGAAAAUGAUAUUAAUAUUAACAAGGAUAUCAACAGACCAUCUCUGACUCGUUCUUAUGACGAGACUGAGAAACAACCGCUGGUCUUCAUGCAAAUAGAUAUUGAUUACUACGUCACUAGAAAAGAAGAUUGAGUCCUAAGAAUGUACGGAGUAACCAAAGAAGGCAAUUCAGUCCUCACUCAUAUUCAUGGCUUCAGGCCUUAUUUCUACGUUGAAAUUUCACCGAUCAUGAAGAUCAACAAGGAUGAUAUCUAUGAUCUUAAGAAAUUAUUUGAGUCUAAAAUGCCUGAGGAUGGAGGCAUCAGCCAGAUUGAGCUUUGCAGUAAGCAGAACAUUUAUCAUUACCAACCUGAAAUGCAGAAGUUCCUUAAGAUUUCUUUCAGGUCUCCGAAAUAUAUGAACCAGCUCAAGGCUAUCAUUGAGAGUGGCAUUAGCUUUAAAGGAGAGCAAUUCAAAAGAGUUACUUUUGAAUCUCAAAUUUCCUUUGUACUGAGAUUCAUGGUCAACACUGAUAUUGUAGGCAUGGGAUGGAUCUUAAUCAAAACAGAUAAGUAUGCUAUCAGAAGUUCAAAGGAAAAAAUAUCCUCUUGACAACUUGAAAUUGAUGUUCAUAGUUACCAUGAUCUUAGAAGUCUUCAAUCUGACAGAGAAAAUUCUAAAAUAGCGCCUCUCAGAAUCUUGUCGUUUGAUAUAGAAUGUGCGGCUGAAGGUCACCGGUUUCCAACAGCAGAGAAGGAUGCGGUGAUCCAAAUUGCAAACAUAUGUAUGACUUCUGACAAAAAGGAGCCCUUUAUCAGAAAUAUUUUUACACUGAAGUCAUGAGCUCCGAUUGUUGGAACCGAAGUAUUCUCAUUUGAGAAUGAAAAAGACUUGUUGAUUGCAUGGAGAGAAUUCAUGGUUCAGGUUGAUCCUGACAUUCUCACAGGGUAUAACAUUACAUGUUUUGAUAUUCCUUAUUUGAUGGAAAGAGCAGAAACCCUUGGGAUACAUAAGUAUUCCAGGUUCAGUAAGCUGAAAGAUAGCCUUUCAAAGGUAAAGGAUAAUACCUUUCAUUCCAAAAUGAUGGGCUCCUAUGAUUACAAAGAUAUCAACAUCGAGGGAAGGAUUCAGUUUGAUUUGUUACAGAUUAUCAGAAGAGAGCAUAAGCUUAGAUCUUACUCAUUAAACAAUGUAUCAGCUCAUUUCCUAAAAGAACAAAAAGAAGAUGUGCACUAUAGUGUCAUAGGACAACUGCAGGAAAAAGAUCAAUUCUCAAGAAGAAGGCUUGCUAUUUAUUGCUUAAAGGAUGCCUAUCUUCCACUCAGACUUAUGGAUAAGCUAAUACUGUUAUUCAACUUUACAGAAAUGGCCAGAGUCACUGGUGUACCUAUCUCCUACUUGUUUAACAGAGGACAGCAGAUUAAAGUCGCAUCAAUGCUUUAUCGCAAGGCUCACAUGCAUAAUUACGUAAUCCCAUGUGAGAAAAAUCAAGGAAAUGAAGGAAGGUACGAAGGAGCUGUAGUUAUUGACCCAAGAACAGGAUACUACACAGAUCCAGUUGUUACUCUAGAUUUUGUGUCUCUGUAUCCAUCUAUUAUGAUGGCUCAUAAUCUGUGUUAUUCGACUUUAGUCCCAAACUACAGGGCAAAGUUGCUUAAGCGGGAAGACUAUGAGGUGACCCCCAAUGAUGACAUCUUCGUAAAAUCUUCAGUCAAGAAAGGGCUACUCCCAAUGAUCCUUGAUGAACUACUCACUGCAAGAAAAUCAGUCAAGGAGGAAUAUGAGGAAGAAAAAGAUGAAUUCAUGAAAAAUGUUCUCUACUGUAGACAACUUGCCUUAAAAGUUUCUGCCAACUCCGUCUAUGGGUUUACUGGAAGCCAGCUUGGAAUCCUGCCUUGUCUCCCUAUUGGUAGAAGUGUUACUGGCUACGGAAGGAAAAUGAUAGAGGAAACACGAAGCUUGAUUACCAAUACUUUCAAGAAGGAUAAAGGAUACGAGUUUAACUGAGAAGUCAUAUACGGAGAUACAGAUUCAGUCAUGGUCAGGUUCGGAGUCAGCAGCAUUGAAGAGGCAAUGGAACUAGGCAAAGAAGCAGCAGUUGAAAUCUCUAAACACUUCCCUAACCCUAUCAAACUUGAUUUUGAAAAAGUAUAUUGCCCUUACCUCCUAAUGAGCAAGAAAAGAUAUGCAGGGUUGCUCUACACCAGUCCUGAUAAAUAUGACAAAAUUGAUGCCAAAGGAAUAGAAACUGUGAGAAGAGACAACUGAUCCUUAGUGAAAGAACUAGUCAACCAAUGUCUUAAGAUAAUCUUGAUCCAGAAAGACUAUGAAAAGGCAAUUGAGCAUUGUAAAGGUGUUAUUUCUGACCUACUCCAGAACAGGAUAGACUUAUCCAUGCUGAUCAUCACCAAGACACUUAAUAAAAGCUUUAAUACAAGUGGGAAUUACAACCAGAGUUAUACUGCAAGAACAGCUCACGCUGAGCUUGCUCAGAAAAUGAUGAAAAGAGAAGAAACCCAAGCUCCUGUGAUUGGUGAAAGAAUUGCCUUUGUCAUGACUAAGAAGAGCAAGAAGUCUAAAGCUUAUGAGAAAGCCGAGGAUCCUCUUGUGGUUCUUGAGAAAGGCAUUGCUAUAGAUUAUGACGAAUACUUAGAGAAACAACUUAAGAAACCUCUUUUAAGAGUUUUCACACCGAUUCUGGGAUCAAACACUACUGGUGAGCUAUUUGGAGGAGAUCACACCAAGAUCAGAUAUGUAGCCCCUAUCCAGAAAGAAGGUUUGGGGAACUUUGUUCAGAUUAAAAAGAAAUGAUUAUCCUGAAAGAAAGUCAUGAACACUGAAGAUGCUCUAUGAAAAGAAUGUUCUCCAAAAAUGAAGGAAAUCUAUAUUGAAAGGAUGCUGGAAAUGAUGAGAUACCAAAAGAACUACUCUGACCUAUGGGUUCAAUGUCAACGUUGCCAAGGAUCUCUCCAUCAAGAAAUCUUAUGCCAGAGCAGAGAUUGUCCAAUUUUCUAUCGAAGAGUUAAGGUAGAGAAGAACAUAAGGGACGAACAAGCUGUCCUGAACAGGUUCCCACAGUGGUAA